CUUUGUUGGCGUGUGCCGCGGCCGCGCGAGUCCUGGAAAGCUUUGUUGGCCCGGUUGCUCUGGAGCCGGGUCUCGGGUCUGGUGGCUGCCGGCCCUGCAGCAUCUCGCCAUGGGGAGCACGGAGAGCAGCGAGGGCCGCAGGGUGUCCUUCGGAGUGGACGAGGAGGAGCGGGUCCGGGUGCUGCAGGGUGUCCGGCUGUCUGAAAAUGUGGUGAACCGCAUGAAGGAGCCCAGCUCUCCACCCCCUGCUCCCGCAUCUUCUACCUUUGGCCUUCAAGAUGGCAACUUGAGAGCCCCUCACAAAGAAUCCACACUGCCCAGGUCGGGGAGCAGUGGUGGCCAGCAGCCCUCAGGGAUGAAGGAGGGUGUCAAGAGGUAUGAACAGGAGCAUGCUGCUGUCCAGGAUAAGCUCUUCCAGGUGGCAAAGAGGGAAAGAGAGGCUGCCACCAAGCACUCCAAGGCAUCCCUGCCCACGGGCGAAGGCAGCAUCAGCCAUGAGGAGCAGAAGUCAGUCCGGCUGGCCAGGGAGCUGGAGAGCAGAGAGGCAGAGCUAAGACGCCGUGACACCUUCUACAAGGAGCAGCUGGAGCGUAUUGAGAGGAAGAAUGCUGAGAUGUAUAAACUGUCUUCACAGCAAUUCCAUGAGGCAGCCUCAAAGAUGGAGAGCACAAUAAAGCCCCGCAGGGUGGAGCCCGUCUGCUCAGGGCUGCAGGCCCAGAUUCUCCACUGCUACCGAGAUCGCCCGCAUGAGGUGCUGCUGUGCUCGGACCUGGUCAAGGCAUACCAGCGCUGCGUGAGCGCCGCCCACAAGGUAAGGCCUUGCCUACCUCCCAGGUUUCCAGAGGCCUUGGGAGGUAGGCGAGGUACCUCUAUCUAGCAUUGGAGAUCUCUGCCUGCCUUUUCCUGUUAGAGUCGGAUGCUCCACCUGGAGGUCUCUGCAUUUGCCAAGGGAGGGAUUCUUCGCUUUCCUCAGUCACCUGCACACUCUCCUGGCUGCUUCCAGGAGCGCCUUGGACAUCUGGCCCCAGGGAGAUGAUCCCUGUUGCGUUUGCCCUAUUAGGCUGGGUGGGAGCAGGCUGGGUAAAGUCAGGCCCCACCUUCAAGGGCCGGGCCCCUUGUGGGUGCCAGGGACUUCUUAGCCCUCGGCACUUAGGGGUGGGAGGGUGGCAGAGGCCCGAGUGCAGAGUGGGGGUCCCAGCAAGGAUAGGCCAUCUGGAAGAGGAGUGGGAGCAGAUGUGGCCAUCAGAGGCUGCUCACAGCCACCCUGCCCUGAGCUGGUCUACAGGGGUGUGCUGGCUUGGCCUUCCUGGUGAGUGGUCCCAAGCCUCAUGUGCUCUCUGGUCACCUCCCACUCCAGUGGGCCUCGGUUGUCCUGGAUGCCUGUGGUGCGCUCCCAGCCAGCUCCUACUGCCUUCCUCCCCCAUCCCCAACUGCUGCUCUCUAUCCUAGAUAAGUCCUCCCCCUUCCCAGGUCCCGUAGCGUCCUCUGGUACAGUCAGGCUGUUCCCAGCCAUACCUCACCCUUGCCCCACCCCAACAGGACAGCUCCCACCUUGGGGAGCAUCAUUCACUCUCAGAACACCUAGUUUGGGCUCCCCAAGGAGUGCGUCCUGUUUGUGAAAAUGUAUGGGAGAAACAAUAGGAUGAGGUCUCCUUUCCCAUGUAAAAGCCUCUUUGGCCUGAGUAGGAGACAGGCUGCUUUAGGUACUUGAGAUGGAAAAGGCUGAGGCCAGAUGCUCUGUGCUCUCCAGCCAUGUCCAAGGGGAGAUCUGUUCCACUGAACUGAGCGGGGUCCUGCAGCCCCAGGCCUGCGAGAGCUUCCUUGGGUCAUGCCCUGCUCACACCCAUCUGCCAAAGCUGAUUGUUCCACUCUUUGCUGCUCACAGCCCCGUCCAGCACCGACUGUCCCUUCAUGGCCAGAGCACAGCCCAGAAGUAGCUCCACACAGGACGAGUGGUCGCAAGGCCUCUGUCAGCCUUCCAAGAGAGGGAAGCCCUGGGUAGGACAGGCGGCCUCCUCCUCCAUCUCAGAGUAUGGAAGGCUGCUCACUCUGCUUCCACGUGGGCAGGAGGCGCUGAGGCGCUGGGUAGGCUGGGCCAGACCAGGGCCCUUCGCACCAACCAGACACUUAGCUCCCUACUCACCAGCAAAGUGAAGCCUCCAGAUCCUCCACACACCCAAUCAAGGGCAGCUCCGAGUCUCUGUUCAUCACACACCUAACUCUUUACCGAGGGAUCUGCUGCAGGCUCUUGGCUUCCUGGCAGGGCCUACGCCUCAGUGGCCUGCCCUAGACUCCAUCCUCUCUCCAUCCAGCCCCACCUCUGUGGUAGUUUUCAGCCCCUACCCACCACCCCUAAGAGUAUUUCUUUAACAAACACACCUCACCAAUAUAUCUUCCUCGCACCAAGGCAAAAAUGUGAUUACCAAGGAAGACAGAUCACGUUAAACCCCAGUGUAUUCCCUGAGAGAGGCUCUGGGACACUGCCAGGUCUGGCUCCCUCCUUCCCGGCCCCUACCCCUGACAUGACUAGCAAAGAAACCAGAGACUGAGCAACGGCAGUGCCAGAGGUCUGCCUGCUCUCCCCAUGUGCUGUCUUGGCAGUGUGUGUGCAUUUGGAGACAGCAUAUUCAACCUGACUCCCUCGGAGCCCCAGCACCCAGACACUUGGGUGGUGCCCUGUGUGUGAGAUGUGGCAAGUGCUGGAGAAACUCUCACCACCCUUCGCCAGCCUUCGCCUCAGAAGGCUGCUGGCAGAACCAGAGAGCGGGGAGUGAAGGGUCCCUAAGAGGGAUUUGUUUCUGCAAGGGGCCAAGCGGCAGGGGACAGAGGCCCACAUGGUCAAGGGCCUUGGGGUGGGGCAGCACUGCUUCUCUCUCCAGGAUCUAACAUCUGCCCUGGGGCUCCUAGGGCAGGUAGGUGAUGCCUAGGCCCAGAGCCUGGCACCUGCCUGUGUGCAGAUGUGCUGGGCAUCUCAGAUGAGGACAGGGGCCUCAGGCUGUCCACCACAGGACCCUGACUGUGCGGACCCCAGCAUCCCAGCAGGCUCCCGCUGAGCUGUGAAAAAUCGGAGAACAGAGGGGAGGCCUUGAUGAGGCAGAGCAGAGUUGGGUUAGACUCUUCUUUACCCAAGGUGCUUGUCAGAAACACCGCAGCAGGUUGAGAGGGCAGGGGCAGGGGACCUGCCUUCUGAGCCAGCCCUGGGAGAGUAAAGGAAAGGGGAGCAGGUUCUGGUGUCACUGUCGCGUGGAGUGAGGGCCUGUCCCCUGUUGCUGGGGACUGUGCUGGGCUCCGGGGUACAGAGGUGAAGAGACUCACUGAUGGGUCUCCAGGUGAGGAGGGAGACCAACUCACAGCUGCUCCCUGGGAAGCAGUUGCUGUCACAGGGCGAUCUGCAUGGAGCUGGAGGACAUGGGCGGAGUGGGCCCUGACUCAACUCUGACCUGUUCUCUUUGUAGGGCUGAGGAGCAGACGUCAUUCCCUGCCCUGGCAGUGACUUGGAGCCCUGAAGAAGGGACCAAUCAUGGGACCACAGCCACUGUGCCCUGCCGUUUCCUGCUGGGCCCCUGCAUAUGCCCCUGAGCCUGGGGCUGCCACGUGUUUAGGAAACAAAGUAUGCGCUACUGUCUGAAAACAAAUAAAGCAGAUGCCUUUGUUUUCA